AUGCGAGACGGGCUGAUUUUUGCUAACUCCUUUGGGAGUAACCGGGUAGAAGCUGAAUCAGAUUCUUUGCAACUGGCCACCAGGCCGCCUGGCCGGCCCAACCGGCCACCCACUCCCCCCAUUAACCCCACCCCGACCAAACCCUAUCCGCUAACCCCCCACUCGCUCACCCACGAUCCCCUCGCUCCUCCUCCUGAUCCAAUCUGGAUCGGGGCCGACCGCGUCGGCCAUCGCCGCGCAGACUCCGCCGCCACCUUGCCGGCACCGCACGGCGUUACCCGGCCAUCGCCGGCGCCCACCUCCUCAACCCCCGCCUCGCAUGGAUCCGGUCGCAGCAGCCGACGCCCCGACGCCCCGCACCUCGUCGCUCGCCUACGCCGGACUGCCUCCCCAUCAACGUCGUCGUCUCCAUCCUCCUCCCCAAGCCCCAUUGCCUUGUCCCCUGCGACCCACCUAGACUCAGAGACCGCUGCCGAUGUCCAUAUGUUCGACUACAUCGGAGAUGACCCCUCCUUCUUGCCAGAGCAACCAGACGUUGGAGCCCAGGAGCCAGACGCCACCGUCGACGACGACGACUACUACUCGGGAGGUGCCUACUACUACGUGCAACCCGCUGACGACAACCAGGAGUAGUCUAGGAGGAUCCCAGGCAGGAGGCCUGUGCCUCUUUCGAUAUGUAUCCCAGUUUGUGCUAGCCAUCUUAUGGCAACUUGUUUAACUUAUGUCUGUACUCAGAUAUUGUUGCUUCCGC